CAUUGCCAUUGGACUCGGGCCUAUUCCAAAAAAACCGAGGCAUUUCGAAUUGUUUUGCUUGCAGAAACACCAAGAGGCAGCAGACAUCUCAGCAAAAACAAAACCAUUUGACAAUUUGACACCCCAACAUGUGUUUUACGUUUUAGGAGUUGGAGUUGCAGACAGCUGCCAAUUCAGAAAUUCAACAUAGCUGAAUUAAGAGGCAGAUUAGCAGAGUCCAUUAAAUUUCAUGCAACUUUACAUAUCCAAUCAGUUAAUUGUAGGAAGCAAUUAAUCCAACCCCAUCAUUGAAGAAGCUCUCAGAGAGAAGGUUUGAUGACUGAUGAAAACCCAGUUUAAUCUCAAUUGGAUAUGAUUCUCCACAUUCUCCACCAAAAGUCUCUGGCUUUCAUCACCGUCGUCAGCGUCCUUACCCUUUCAACCUCCAUAGCCGCCAUAGCCAAAGCUCAAAACUCGAGCUCCUGCAUACCCACAUGCGGAUCGGGAAAAUCAGCCAAAACUGUUCGCUAUCCAUUUGGAUUCUCACCGAGCUGCGCAAUCCCAUUGAACUGUUCUGACAAAAACGAGAUCACACUCGGCAAAUUCAGAGUCCAAAACGUCACCCCAAACGGCAUCUUCGUCAACCUCCCUGCAAAAUGCAACCGUCGGGUCGAAUCCGUGGCCCGACUCUUCAGCUCGAACUUCAGCCCGACUUGGAACAACAGCCUUCUCCUCCAGAAUUGCUCGGCGCCGCAAAACGGCUGCAUCAUUCCGGCCGAUUUCGUUCGGAAGCAGUUCAAUUUAGAGAGCUGCAGGUCCAGCGCCGAUAACAUCAGCUGCCUGUCGCAGCAGCACAAUCAGUCGGAGGUUAUACGAAUUUCGGACUUGACUCGGACUGGGUGCAAGAACUUGUUCGGGUCGUUUGCGGUUCAGUCGGGUGGGGAGUGGCCUCUCUCGCUGGAGUUCGAGACGGUGGAGUUGGGAUGGUGGGUCGAGGGGCCCUGCGACUGCGAUGCGAAUGCCACGUGUACUACGGUGAAGCUCGGCGAUGGGAUGCCGGAAGGGUACCGAUGUAGAUGCAAUGAUGGGUUCGACGGCGACGGGUUCAAUCUCGGGUGGGGUUGCCGGAGAGUUUCCGAGUGCAGUCCAUCAAAGUACAUGUCUGGUCGCUGUGGGGGAACAACUAGAGUUGGUGCUCUUAUUGGAGGGGUUAUUGCUGGAGCUUUCUUAAUGGCCGGUCUAUUUGUUCUCUGUUACUUUGUUCGACGUCGUUCAACUUGCUUGAGAAACCGAAUGAGCGCAAGGCGCCUCCUAAGCGAAGCGGCAGGCAACUCUAAUGUUUCAUUAUUCCCCUAUAAAGAAAUAGCGAGAGCCACUAACUGCUUCGCUGAAAAACAAAGGCUGGGCACAGGGGCUUUUGGUACAGUUUAUGCAGGAAAACUCCACAACGAUGAGUGGGUUGCCAUAAAGAAGAUCAACCGUCGAGACACCAAUGGCGUUGAUCAAGUCAUGAAUGAGAUCAAACUCCUUUCCUCUGUGAGCCACCCGAAUCUGGUGCGCCUCUUAGGUUGCUGCAUAGAGGGAGGUGAACAGAUCCUCGUCUAUGAAUAUAUGCCUAAUGGAACUCUAUCUGAACAUCUUCAACGAGAGAGGGGCCAAGGACUUCCGUGGACCAUAAGGCUCACCAUCGCCUCUGAAACUGCUAAUGCUAUAGCUUAUCUCCAUUCAGAAAUGAAUCCACCAAUCUAUCAUAGAGAUAUCAAAUCCACCAAUAUACUCCUGGAUUACAACUACAAGUCAAAGGUAGCAGAUUUUGGCCUUUCUAGACUUGGGAUGACUGAAUCGUCAUACGUAUCAACGGCUCCACAAGGGACUCCGGGCUACGUGGAUCCUCAAUACCAUCAAAACUUCCACCUCUCCGAUAGAAGUGAUGUUUACAGCUUCGGGGUAGUAUUAGUAGAGAUUAUAACCGCAAUGAAGGUGGUUGAUUUCGCUCGACCUCAGUCUGAUGUCAACUUGGCUGCACUUGCAAUCGAUAGGAUUGGGAAGGGAAGCUUGGACGAGAUAGUUGAUCCCUUUCUGGAGCCAAAUAGGGACGCAUGGACUCUAUAUUCUGUUAACAAGGUGGGUGAGCUUGCAUUUCGAUGCCUUGCUUUUCACAGUGACAUGAGGCCUUCUAUGACAGAGGUGGCAGAAGAACUGGAGUUUGUCCGGCGCAGCGGGUGGGCAACAAUGAAGGAAAACAUAUGCAUGGGAUCAUCAGUGGCGUCGUCUUGUUCAUCACCGUAUAAUGGAAGUGAGAAGUCAUUCGGAGGUGCGACGGCUAAGAAGGCCGGUAUACGAAGCCAAAGAUCAAUAGUUUCACUGAGGGUAGAUAGCUCUCUAGCUUCCAUGGAAGAGGACAAGGAUAGCUCUCCUGUUUCUGUACACGAUCCUUGGUUAAGUGAACAGAGUUCACCUUCAACAAAUAGCUUAUUAGGCAAUGUAGUAAAGUGACGUCAUAAAACAGAAAUCAUUUUGUGUGCAGACCCUCAUGAAUAUAUUAGAUCUAAUCUCAAAGCUAGCUGAGCUCCCUUGAGUUUUA